CCCCCGGGACCGAGCAGGAGCAGCGGGACCCCCGGGAGCAGAGGGACCCCCAAGGACCGAGCAGGAGCAGCGGGACCCCCGGGAGCAGCGGGACCCCCGGGAGCAGCGGGACCCCGGGCCGCCGGUGCUGCAGGCAGCAUGGCGCAGUGGCAGGAGGUGCAGAGCUUGGCCAACACUUACCUGGAGCAGGUGCACCAGCUGUACGCGGGCUCGGCGCUGCCCAUGGCCGUGCGCCAGUCCCUGGCGGCCUGGAUCGAGAACCAGAACUGGCGCCAGGCGGCGGAGCCGCUCUGCUCGCAAGCCCGCAUGCUGUUCCAGUCCUUACUGUUCGUACUGGGAGAGCGCCUGGGCAGCCUGGGCUCGGACCGCGAGGAUUUCAUGCUGCAGCACAACCUGCGCAAGGCUCACCGCGACCUCCAGGCUGAGUUCGAGGAGGAGCCGGAGAGAUUCGCCAAUCUGGUGGCCAACCUGCUGCAGGAGGAGCGGCGAAUCCUGCGCCUGGGGCAGGCGGGGGGGCAGGGCGGUUCGGCCCCCGCGCCCAGCCCGGCCCCGGAGAGCGGGCGGGAGCAGCAGAUCCAGCGGCGCCUGGCCGAGUUCCACACGGCGCUGCAGGAAGCCGAACGAGCCUUCAGGCACCUGGAGGAUUUGCAGGAUGCCUUCGACUUCUGCUUCAAGGUGCAUUACCAGCCAGCCCCUCUGUCCUCAGGUGAGGAGAGGAACCGGGACCCCGGGUACCAGCAGGAGCUCCAAUCCCUCCAGGCCAAACUGCAGAACCUGGACCGGCAGCGGCGGGAGGUGCUGGCUCAGAUGCAGCAGCUUUUGGGGCGCAGCGAGACCCUGCAGGAGCUGCUGCAGCAGGAGUUGGGGGGCUGGCGGGCGCGGCAGCAGCGCCUGUGCCUGGGGGGCUCCGGCGACACCAACCUGCGCCCGCUGGAGACCUGGUUCACGGAGUUGGGCCAGGGGUUGUUCCAGCUGCGGCAGCUGCUGCGGGCGCUGGGUGACCUGCGGCAAAAGGUGACCUACGCCAGGGACCCGCUGGUGGCAGAGACGCCCCUGCUGGAGCAGAGGCUGCAGGAGCAGCUCACACACCUGCUGAAGAGCGCCUUCGUGGUGGAGCAGCAGCCCAGCACGCCCAACCCCGGGAAGCGGCCGCUGGUGCUGCGCACCGCCGGGAAGUUCUCGAGCCGCGCCCGCCUGCUGGUGAGGCUGCACGACCGCAACCACCGCAUGGAGGCGCGGAUCCACAUCGACAGGGACCCCCCCAACAUCAAAGGGUUCCGCCGCUUCAACAUCCUGACAUCGAGCAGCAAAACGCUCCUGGCCGGGGACAGUCCCCAGGACGGGCUGGUCUGCGACUUCCAGUACCUCACGCUGAAGGAGCAGAAGGACAGCAGGGCUGGCAAGGGCAAAGGUGCCAGCGGCGAGGGUCCCCUGGUUGUGACAGAGGAGCUGCACCUCAUCACCUUCACGCUGGCUUACGCCUACUGCGGGCUGGAGCUGGAGCUGGAGGCCACCACGCUGCCCUUUGUCAUCAUCUCCAACAACAACCAGUUCUCCAGCGCCUGGGCCUCCAUCCUCUGGUUCAACAUGCUCAGCUCGGACCCCAAGGCCCAGCAGUUCUUCUCGUCCCCUCCUCCUGCCCCGUGGCCCCGGCUGGCCGAGGUGCUGAGCUGGCAGUUCCAGAGCGUGGCCGAGCGGGGCCUCAGCCGGGACAACCUCCUGAUGCUGGCCAAGAAACUCCUGGGCUCGAAGCCGUCACCGGACAGCACCGUGGCCUGGCACAAGUUCUCAAAGGAUGGAGCCUCCGGUUUCUCCUUCUGGGCCUGGCUGGACGGGAUCCUGGGGCUGCUCCAGGAGCACCUCAAGCAGCUCUGGAAGCAGGGACUCAUCCUGGGCUUCGUGAGCCACAAGCAGGUGGAGAAACUGCUCCGCUCCAGGAGGACGGGGACGUUCCUGCUGCGCUUCAGCGAGAGCGUCCUGGGCGGUGUCACCUUCACCUGGGUGGAGCACCACGAGACAGGGUCCCCCACUUUCCCCGCCGUGGAGCCCUACACAGCCUCGGAGCUGGUGUCGCUGGCCCUGCCUGACAUCAUCCGUGACUACCACACGAGCCUGGAGGAGAAGAAUCCAGAGAACCCCCUCAAGUUCCUGUACCCCAACACCCCCCGGGACGAGGCUUUCGGGCCCUACUACAGCCAGAGGCUGGAGGGGAACCUGAGCGAGUCCCAGAAAUACCUGAACCGGCGCCUCAUCCGCGUGUCCUCCAGGCCGCCCCACAGGCAUCAGACCGAGGAGGAGCUGCUGGUGGCCACGGAGAACCUGGAGACGCUGCAGCUGCAGCCCCGAGGGCAGGGGACACCUGGGGACCUGGGGACACCUCAGGGGGUGGCCAUGAGCCCAGGGACACUGCAGGUGGUGGCCAUGAGCCCGGGGAUACCGCAGGUCACCCCUGGGAGCUUCGGGACACCUCAGGGGGUGGCUACGAGCCCAGGGACUCUGCAGGUGGUGGCCUCAAGCCCAGAGACACUUCAGGUCACCCCUGGGAACUUGGGGACACCUCAGAUGGUGGCUAUGAGCCCAGGGACACUGCAGGUGGUAGCCACGAGCCCAGGGACACUUCAGGUCACUCCUGGGAACCUGGGGACACUUCAAGGGGUGGCCACAAGCCCAGGGACACUGCAGGUGGUGGCCCCAAGCCCAGGGACACUGCAGGUGGUAGCCACGAGCCCAGGGACACUUCAGGUCACCCCUGGGAACCUGGGGACACCUCAGAUGGUAGCCACGAGCCCAGGGACACUGCAGGUCACCCCUGGGAACCUGGGGACACCACAGGUGAUGGUCACAAGCCCAGGGACACUGCAGCCUACAGGCUUGGGGACACUACAGCCACAGCCCCAAAGGCUGGAGCCACCCCAUGUGACACCAGGGGUCCCCAACAUGCAGGGGACACUGCAGGUGGCACCAGGGGCUGUGGGGAGCGUGCAGGUGCUGCCUGGGGGGCUGCAGAUGCUGCAGGUGGCCUCAGGGGGCUUGGGGACACUGCAGGGGACCGUGGAGACACCGCAGGUCCCCGAGGAGCAGGGGACACUGCCAGCGGAGCUGAGGGACCUGGAGCUGCUGCCAGGGGGACAGGACAUGCAGGAGCUGCUGCAGGGGGGACAGGACGUGCAGGAGCUGCUGCAGUCUCUGGAGGGGCUGGAGGCGCCCUCGGGGACCCUGGGGACACUGGGGACACUGGGAGUGGCCGAGCUGAUGCCAGAUGUGGUGGCGACCUUGGAGGAGAGCUUCCAGCUGAGCCCUGGCAGCGCUGCUCUCCUGGACCAGCACGAUCCGUUCCUGCCGCAGCCCGAGGACUCGGCCGUGCCCUCGGUGCCCUCCCUGUUCACCGACUUCCCCCCGCUCCAGAUCGACGCCAGCGACUUCCAGUGACCCCUCCCCUCCCGGGGACCCCUCCCAGAGACCCCUCCGGGUCCCUUCUCCUCCAGAGACCCCUCCUCAGCCCCUUCCUUUCCAGGAACCCCGCCCGGUCCCUUCCCUCCCAGGGACCCCUCCCCAGCUCCUCUCCGGUCCCUCCCGGGGACCCCUCCCCGUCCCUUCCCCUCCCGGUCCCUUCCGUUCUUGGGACCUCUCCCCGGUCCCUUCCCUCCCAGGGACCCCUCCCCACCCCCCUCUCUGUAAAUUAACCCCUUCCCGCCCCCCCCGCAGGCACUCGCCGCUCUCUCGUCUCCUUGGGAGCUUUAUUAGAAACUGAUAAAUACCCGAGAUAAAUAAAGGACCGGCUCCGAUCAUAAAUAA